GGUCAACUUUUACGAGAUAACAAUCACAAAAGGAAGAUGUGGAAACUGCGUCGGUUAUUUCUGUAGUUUGGCAAACGUUGCAAACGUAAUAAGAGACGUGGCAAGUCUCGAAGCAUUUGGCUGGAUUUGCGACAUCUACAGUACUUGGACUGAAGUAUUCUAUAAUUCUAUGGCUUUAAAGGUCGUUUUCCCUUGGUUUUCUGAAGUCGGGGAAGUUUGGCGAGUAGGUCAUAGUUCACGAUGUCUCAACUUCUGGAGUUUUGUAGAGUUUGAUGCCAGUGCCAAUGCCACACUGUUUUCACUGGUGUUUGCAUCCAACUGACUUGUUUUCGCUCCUCUGCUUCGCUCCUUCGAAAGCUCACAAUUUUGAGUUUCCUGAACUUUGAACAACAGUAACUGAACAAAAACCAACUUCCCCCAUCUCGCCCCAAUCUCUCAUCAACUCUUUUGAACUGAAACGAUGUGCCCACAGCAACAGAUCAAGUCCAAGUCCAAUGCUGCCUUUGGCAAUGACGUGAGUGAGUUGUCAUUGUCUAAUACCAGUCGCCGCCAAAGCCGUCGCAGCAGCCCGGGUAUCCUGAAGCGCAGUUCCACAAUGGAUGAAAGUACCCUUUCCAACACGCUUCGUCGCAGCACUGGCAGUAUGGGUUCUACGCGACGCAUGCCCGUUUCGUUUGACAUUGUCGAGAUUCACGAACAUGCCAUGAUUCACGACAAGAGUCGUGCGGGUCCCGCCUUGACGAUUGAUUGGGCGCCCAUGAACACGGAGGUAACGACGGUGCAAGAGUUUGACUGCAACAAGUGCCACAAGAAAAACGUGCGAGCCUACAAUCCUGCCGAACGAGCUUCCAUUCUCAUGAAGGCAGGAUACAAGCUAGAAGAUCUCUGCUUUCACGAACUGGCUGAAGACAUCAAGAAGGAAGUCCAAAAGGCAAACAGAAGAAACAAGACCCCAAAGAGACACAUGUCCUCUCCCAGCAGCAUUAGUACUUCUACAACAAGUACUAGCAACACCAAGAACAAGACCAUGUACUCCAUGGUCAAAAAGGCCGCCAAAAAGCUAGUGGUCAACCCAAGCCAUCCCAGCAUGCCUUUGAAUUCGUGUCGAUGCUAAAGCAUGUUCUGGCCUGACCUGACCUGAACUGACCUGUCCUCAAGUUACAACUUCCUGCUUCCCAAAUUUAUCUUCCUAUAUACAUGUAUGGUACCUAUCUAGCUAGCUGUCAAGCCAACUGCAGCCCUUCAUUCUAUCAAUGAGCAAUUACAUCAUACUCAUGCACACAUUAUUUUAAAAUAGCACAAACUCAUUUAUAUACA